AUGACUCCUUUCUUGAGGAAGUGCAGUGUGCUCUGUACGAACGAAGUGCCGAAUACGGAGUCUCUCAUACUCAUGGGCGAUUUUAAUGCGCAUGUCGGAGCAGACACUGAAAAGAGGAAAUACGUGACCGGAAACAGCGGCCCUGGCGACCUCAACAACAACCGCAUGAAGUUGUUGCGGUUUUGUGCAAACAACGAACUGUCCAUUAUGAACACCUUCUUCGAGCAUCGAAGCGUGCUUCAGUACACCUGGUCAAGGAAGCUAGUGUACCAAAGUCGAUGA